AUGCUUGACUUAUCGCUUGACUUUCUCUCUCUUGCUUGGAAAGGGGUGCCAUGGCUACUCCUCUCGUGGGUAUUGUACGGUGCUGUCAAAGCCGUGUACAACCUAUACUUUCACCCUUUGGCAGUGUUCCCAGGGCCAAAGUUUGCCGCUGCUUGCGACUGGUGGCAAGUGUACAUCGAGGUGAUCAAGGAAGAGAGUCUCUCGAAGAAGCUUAUCAAAUUGCACGAGCAGUUCGGUAGCAUUGUUCGGAUCGGCCCAGACGAGCUCCACUUCGCAGAGCCCUCUGCAUAUCAUGAGAUUUACACUUUCAAGAAUCAGUGGGACAGGAACAUGAAAUUGUACCACUAUUUCGCGGAGGAAGAGUCUACGCUUACUAUUCCUGACUAUCCAAGGGCGAAGAAGCGAAGAGACAUUACCUCCUCGCUCUUCUCUCGCAAAAAUGUCGUUGAUAUGCAGUACCUGAUCCAACAAUGUCUGGACACGGCUUGCGAGAACAUCGACAAGCAUAUCAAAGAGGACAAGUCUAUCAAUUUCUACAAAGCUUUCCGCUGCUGUGCGGUCGAUAUCAUCUUCACCAUGUGCUUCGCACGUAGCAUGAACACGACCAGUGAACCGGGGUUUAACGCGCCCGUCACCACUGCUAUCCAUGCUUCAAUUCCAAUCUCAAUGGUGUUAAAGCAUUUCCCGAUUGUUCAGAAGCUCAUAAACGCCAUACCUCCUCCUCUCCUUGCCAGACUCCGACCGGAUUUAGACGGGCUCGUGAAAAUGCACCAGGUCCAGGAAGUCAAGGCCGAUCCGCAAGCCGUGCUCUUCGUGAACGCUGGCGCAGACACGGUAGCCACUGCCCUCGCUGUAGGCACACUUCAUGUUCUGUCCAACCCGGAAAUCCACGCGAAGCUGCAGAAGGAGCUUGUCGAGGCGUGGCCCGACCUCGACGAUGUUCCGCGUUUUGAGCAGCUGGAGAAGCUUCCCUACCUGACGGCAGUACUCAAAGAGAGUCUGCGCACCAGUCAUGGGGUCGUGCAGCCUAUGACGCGCGUCGUUCCCAAGAAAGGCGCGCAGAUCUCUGGGCACUUCAUCCCCGGCGGUAGUAUUGUUGGCAUAAGCAAUAUUUUUGUUCACUGGAGCGAAGACAUCUUCCCAGAUGCCCACGCCUUUAAACCCGAACGCUGGCUUGACGCCAAGGCUGACCUGGAUAUUUGGCUGGUCGCGUUCUCAAAAGGCCCUCGCAGCUGCCUCGGUAUCAACCUCGGGUGGUGUGAAUUGUACAUGAGUAUGGCGAACCUGUUCCGCCGUUAUGACAUGAAACUCGAUGGCGUUGGAGCUUCGGACUGGGUGUGGAGGGACCUGUUUCAGCCUUAUUACGAGGGGCCUGACAUGAUGGCCAAGGCCCAACGACGCACGGUCUGA